AUGCGGAGGGAUGGUUUUACUCCUAGUAAACAGUCUAAACUUUGUGGUAAACAUUUCACAAUUGAUUGUUAUGAAGGAAGUCCUUGGAGUUCACAAAAGAAACUAAAAAGUGAUGCAAUUCCUUCUAUAUUUGAUUUACCAACACGUUUAAAAAAAAGUACUUAUUCUAGAAAACCACCAAAAAACAGACAAAGUAUUAUUUCAAAUAAUAUCACCAAUGAUUCAAUACAGAACAAUAACGUUGACAAUUAUAUUAUUAAUGUUAACAAUAAUAUCACCAAUGAUUCAAUACAGAACAAUAACGUUGACAAUUAUAUUAUUAAUGUUAACAAUAAUAUCACCAAUGAUUCAAUACAGAACAAUAACGUUGACAAUUGUAUUAUUAAUGUUAACAAUAUUAUCACCAAUGAUUCAAUACAGAACAAUAACAUCGACAAUUAUAUCAUUGAUGUUAACAAUAAUAUCACUAAUGAUUCAAUACAGAACAAUAAUGUUGCAAAUUGUCAAAUCAAUCCUAAAAAUAAUGGUAAACGGUAUAUUGGUGAUUUUAAUGAAAAUGAUAUGUUAAUACCAGAAAAUAGUAAAAAGUUUUUAAAAUUAUCUAUAAGUAAACUUGCUGCCAAACAAAAGAAAAUUAAAAUGCUUCAGCAAUCCAAGCGUUGUCUAAUUAAAAGGAUUAAAGACUUAUAUUCAUUCCUUCGUCAUCUUAAAUCAAAAAGUAUGAUUUCUGAAGAAAUAUCAACAACACUAAUGGGAACUAUGUCUGAGUCUACAAAACAGUUGUUUUGUCGGAUUUUUCAAGGAAAAGUUAAAAAGCAUUACCCACCAGAGUUACGAAGCUUUGCUUUAACAUUAAAUUUCUAUUCUGCUAAAGCAUAUAGUUAUGUUAGAAAAACAUUUAAUAUUGCACUUCCUCAUCCACGAACUAUACAAAAAUGGUAUGAAAGUGUUGACUGUUCCCCUGGAUUUAGUAAAGAAGCUUUAGUUACUCUUCAUAGCAAAGUAAAAGAGGCUCAGAAAAUUGUUUAA